CAAAAACAAAAACAUGAAAUUAGUUUCCAAAAGCAAAUACCGCUGCCAGAGCUUCACGGUCGAGCUUCGACUCAUCCGUCCAUGGCGAGAGCCAAAACUGCUGCUCACAAGAAACCAAGUCGACGUCGCUCAUCUGCCGCCGGAGUGGCCUCACCGGCGAGCCCUGGAACGAGUUCGCCAGGUGGUAGACGUUCGACUAGGGCAGCGGAGGCUGCGUCACGAAGUGAAGCUGGUUCGCGAAGGGCGCCAAGGCGUCACCGCUAUAGGCCGGGAACGGUUGCUCUUCAGGAGAUUCGACGCUUUCAAAAGACUUGGAAUCUGCUGAUCCCAGCUGCUCCUUUCAUUAGAACUGUAAAAGAAAUUAGCAAUUUCUAUGCUCCAGAAAUUGGUCGUUGGACAGCUGAAGCUCUAACAGCACUUCAGGAGGCUGCAGAGGAUUUUUUGGUUCAUUUGUUUGAAGAUGCAAUGCUGUGUGCAAUUCAUGCAAAGCGUGUUACACUAAUGAAGAAGGAUUGGGAGCUAGCACGGCGACUUGGAGGGAAAGGGCAGCCUUGGUGAGACUCGGUGCAUCAUGCUGACAACUAACACUUAUUUUACAGGUUGUAACCAUUCUAAAUUUGAAAUAUAUUCCUAUCAUUUGUAGCAUGUUAAUUCUUGUAUUGUAAGUGGUUGGCCAUUUUUUUUAAUGUAAGAGAAUAGUUACUCCUAAAGAACUAGAACUGCAAACAUAGGAAGACUGAGCCAUUUUAUUAGGUCAUGGCUCAUGAAAUCCUUAUUUUUGGAAUAGAAUAAUUAUAAUAGAAGAUUUGGAUUAUUUGUACAAAAAAAUGUUGUUGUCAGAAAGCGUGUUAUUGUGAAUGAUCCUUGUCACCAUACUACUAAUUAUUUUAAUUUGAGUUCUUUUCUUUCUAAGAGAUGAAAUGGAAAACUUGGUUGAAGCGUAAUGGCCUUAUGUCUGUAACUGUCAUAUAUAUAUAUAUGACAGGUGAGGUAAUGAAAUAUGAUUUUUGAAAAUUAUGAAUUUGGAGUCGCUACUAACCUAUUAUUUACCUACGUGUGGAUAGAACACCUAAUUACUAAUUUGAUUGGUCACUAUACUAAAUUUAGGCCAAGAAACCAGUAGUCUUGGUCUGUGUAUACCAGAAAUGGGAUUGGGAGUUCGAUUAUGUAAGGAGAAGGUAUUUGUAUUGUUUACACACGUUUAAUGAACGAUACCUAAUUAAUUAUGAAUUAUUUCUAAAUUGAAUUUAAGUCUUUAAUUAACUCAUUUUUAAAAUAAAAAAAAAUAAAUGAAUAAAAUUAAAAAGAGAUUAAAAAUUACGGUGCGAUUUAUGAAUGUGUAAUAAGGCCUAAUACGAGGGGAUCUUGUUAGAUAAAUCCUUGGCUAUUAUAAGUGAGGUGUAAAAUACCUCAUUGCCUUUUUAAAAAUCAUAGGGACAUAUUUACAUAAAAAUCAAGAAAAUUAUCAAAAAUAUCUUUAAAAAAUGUUCUCAUAUUUUUAAAAAUUUUGUAGAAAUUUUUUUGAGCAUUUUAACUUUUUUAUUUUUUUUUUCAAAAAUUUUUGGGAUUUUUCAAAUACUUUUUCCUCAUUUUUUUUAUUUUCCAUUUUUUCAAGUUAAAAUAAUUCAAAAUAUUUUCCUUCAAAAAUUAUUUUCCAAAUUUUUCCUGCUAUUUUCUCUAAUUUUUAAGAUUAAAAAAUUAAAUUAAAUGAUAAAUAAAUAUAAAAUAAAUAAAGAAGUAAAAAUAAAAAACAAAAAUGGCUCAAGUUUGAAUCGGGUCAUGCCAGUGGGUGCCACAUGUCAUCCACUAUGGUGACACGUGGCAUUUAUUAUUAUUUUUUGUUUUUAUUUUUUUGAAAAUAGGGUGAUGUUAUCCUGACGCGUGUCAACACUCGAUUGACUAUCACUUUGAAACAUGGAUCACUAAUGGGGUGAAGAUUUGAUCGUCCAGAGAAAAUACAGAUCAGACGUGUGUAGACUGAGCCACGUUGCCCCUGAAACAUUUGGUCCAAAAUGUGCCACGCGUCACCGCAUGGCAGUGACAUGUGGCUCGCUAUCCCCCAAUAUAAAAACAAUUUUUUGUUUUUGUUUUUGUUUUUGUUUUUUUCAUUUUUUUAGUCCUCUUUGUCUUCAGUUCUCUCCUUUCUCUCUACUCUCCCCUUUCUCUAUGUCUAUUCCCCUUCUACUCUCCUUUAUGCUCUCUUUGUUUCCCUUCUAUUCUCCUUUAUGUUUUCAGUGCUUCCCAAUUCUACGAAGCUCUCUCCAUCUCUAUUAUGCUCUCAAACGUACGAGGCUCCCUCUCUCACUCUCUAUCUAGGGUUUCAGAUAUGCAAGGAUCUCUCUCUUUGUCUCUCUCAGAUCUAUUUUGAUCUACACGAAGGAAAGGAGCUCUUGAAUACCCUCAGAUCUGAUCCCAAAAGCUCAAGAUGAGUAUCAUUUCUUUCUAUUUUUCAUUUUUGCUUGGAUCAUGUAGUCUAGAUCUGUGUUUUGGGUUUGAGUUGGAUCUGUGUUUUGAGUUCGAGUUGAGUUUGGUAAACCCAAUGGGUUGGAUUCGGGUCGACUCGAGUGAGUCAACUCGCUGGGUCUUAAGGGGUUCUAGGCCUGGGUUAGGACGUGUGGGCUCAGGUCCACAAUUGGGCUUGACUUGAAUGGGUUUUGGGAGAUAGGGUUAGGCUUUGGUUAGGGCUUGGUCAUGUCAAGCCCACUUGGGCUAGACCCUGGACUGGUCGUUAUGUCAAGUUGGGCUUGAGUGCAUUUGGGCUUUGUUUUUUAACACAAUGGGCUUGUGGGCUUUUGAAACAGUGGGCUAUGAGUCUUAUUUUACAACAAUGGGCUUAGGACCUAUUUAAAACAAAAUGAGCUUGGGCAUAUUAAAAAAAAAAAAGGGCCUCUAGGCUUGUUUUAAAACAGUGGGCUUCAGACUUUUUAAAACUGGGCUUAUUUUAAAAGAGUGGGCUUUGAGUUUUUCAAAGUUAGGCUUAUGGGCUUAUUAAAAAAAAAAAAUCGCGCGAUUGAGGCUUUUCAAAGCUGGGCUCCUGGGCUUCUUUUGAAACAAGGAUUUGUGGGCUUAGGUUUGGGGGUUUAGACAAUGGGCUUAAGGGUUGAGUUGGCCAGUAGGCUUUAUGUGUCUGCUUGCUUGGGAGAUGCUCCCUUCCUCCUUUGACGGAGUACCUGUAAUAUAUUACAACUAUGAAAGAAGAAAGCCAUAAACAACUGUACUUGUCUUGUGUCUUCUAUUCCUUCGGGUCUUCUUAUCCCUGAGGUCUCCUCUUUUUGUGCUCCUGCUCCUCUGUUUGGGGCGUUCUCUGGUCUAGACUUCUAUCCCUUCUAGUUGGUAGGGAAGCCUUCGAGUUGCAAGGCAAUGGGUUUCGCAGCUCUCUUCUGUGAGAAGGGUAGGAUGUUACACACCCCUCUUUUUUUAGGGUUUUAUCCUUUAGACUUCACCAGUAGACCCCUUCUCUCACUAUGAUACCUCUAAAUUAUUUCCUCUUUGAUUUCUCUCUUUCUUGGUGUGUCCUCUACCCUCUAUGAAGGCCUUCCUUUUCCAACCCUUUCCUUUCCCCGCGCGUGCUUUCCUUCCUAUAGCAAGAAAUCCCAUCAUUUUUUGUGAUUUGGUCGAUUCUCUUCCUUUAUGGGUCCUUGGCUGAAGAUUGAGAUGGGAUACAUGUAAAUCUUGAAAUUUUAUCCAAUUAAUUAUAGAAUCACUCAAAAAUUUCUCCAUUUGCUGCUUGAUUUCUUUUUGUUUUUGGAUGCAAGUACCCACGAGGAUGCUUGGGGAUAUUCUGUGCAGCGCGCAUAAUUUUUUUGUUUCCCCCCCUGUAUUUUUUGUAUUUUUGUAUUUCUUUGUGAUGUAUUUUUCUUUAUUCCUAAUGUAUUUUCAUGUAUUUUGUAUUUAAUAUGUUUGUACAAAAAAAAUGAAAUGGAUAAAAAUGUUAUUUAAAGAGGUCCGGUUAAAA